AUGGAGGUUACUGUAACCACGUUCCUGUUUGCCUCGUUGAUAUUUUUAACACUACGAUCCAUCUAUCGGCUAUGGUACCAUCCACUAAGCCACAUUCCGGGUCCGCCCCUCGCCGCCAUCACCCACCUCUACGAGGCAUACCAUGAUAUUGUGCGAGGGGGCCUGUAUGUGUGGGAGAUUGAAAAGAUGCACGACAAGUACGGCCCCGUGGUGCGAUUCAACCCACGCGAAGUCCACAUCCGCGACCCGUACUAUUUCAACACGAUCUACUGCGCAAGCUCGCUGGGGAAGCGCAACAAGGACACCGGGUUCCCGGGGGUCCACAGCGUCCGGAAUUCCCUCCUCACAACGCUCACGCACCAGAAACAUCGUCAACGACGCGCACUCCUCGAGACUGUCAUGGCGCCGCCCUCGGUCAAGAUAUGGGAGCCUACAAUUCGAGAACAUAUUGCAAUCUUAAUGAAGCGCUUCAGCGAGGCGCCCAGUGGGAUCGUCGACUUGAAUGCAGCGUUCGCGGCCUUGACGGCAGACACCGUCGGGCGGUUCUUGACGGGGGAGUCGCUUGGUGCGCUCAAUGCUCCCGGCUUUAAGAAUGAUAUGCAUGAAGGCUCGAAGAGCGGCGCUGCGGGGAUUCAUGUUCUCCGUUUGUUUCCUGCGGUGGCCGGGGUGUUAUCGUGUAUCCCUCUGUCCGUGCUCCGCUUUCUCGGCCUCCCACUGGGCCAAUGGCUUGAGUUCCUGGCAGUCUGUGGCGAGAGCGCAAGAAAAGCUUUGAAGGAGUCAAAGGAGACAACUAAUGCCAAGGGACAAGAGACAGAGACCAAAAAUGCACCGGCAAAGAGGAGUUUCUACGCUGCGCUGAUCGCCGGGAGCACGUCCGACGAAGAACAGACCAUUGCCCGGCUCCAGGAGGAAGCGAUGGUGUUCCUCCUGGCCGGGAACCAUACAACGGCCGGAGUGAUGACACUCGCUGCGUACCAUUUGGCUCUGAUGCCGGAGAUCACUACGACCCUGCGGAAGGAACUCGCAACCCUCCCCGUUCCAGCAAACCAGGCCUCGUGGAAAGAGCUGCAGGAGCUACCCUAUCUGACAGGGGUAGUAAAAGAAGCCCUACGCCUAUCGCAGGGGGCAUCAUUGCGGUCCGCGCGCAUCUCCCCUGAUCGAGAUCUGGUAUGCAAUGGGAUCGUGCUUCCAGCUGGGACACCACUCAGCCAGCAAACGGUGUUUGUGAACAUGGACCCGGAGAUCUUCCCCAACCCGCAAUGCUUCGAUCCGACCCGAUGGGGCAAGCCAGCGCCAGACGGAAAGGGCUUGGAUACGUAUCUAGCGUCGUUUGGCAAAGGAACUCGGAACUGUAUUGGGAAAAGCCUGGCGUCCGCUAUAAUGUUUCUAACCCUUGCGGCUCUGGUGCCUGAAUUUGACCUUACCCUGGCCAAAGGGACGAAAAUCGACCUCAUGAGAUGGAGGGAUAUGGGAACUCCGUUUCCAAUGGAUCUGAACAACCAGGAAGUAAAGGUACACGUUGCACAGGCCCCGGCCAGUUCGUAA